AUGAGGCAGGCGGCGCCGCCCGCGCUCGCUCCGCAGUGGCUGGGCUCGGGCUGGGCUGGCCCGGGCGGGGUCCUGGCGGCGGCGAGGUUGGGGGCGCGAGCUCUGCCCGCAGUCCGCGGCCCGCAGCCAGCGGCAUCGCAGGGCAGCGGAGGCAGAGCGCUGCGCUCGCCAGCACCCUGGCCGCCCGCGCGGCGGAGCCGGGAUCUGCGACUGGACGCGACGGGCCGCCGCCGGCCAGCACCGCCCGGCCGCCAAGAUGUGCGACUGCUUCCACAUGAUGCUGCCCACCUGGCCCGAAGCCCCCGGCAGCGGUGGGAACCCAAGGCACCCCGAUUCUCCCUGGACAGCCAACGGGAGAAUGAUGGGUCCCCAGCCCCCUCCUCCGGACUGCGUGACUCCAAGGGCCCGGAGUCCAGGUGGCUCUGUGCUACGGCUGCCGGUGCAGCGGGGGUCAGCGGACACAUGCUGGGCAGCCGGCAUCCAGGCCUGGAGGUGUGGCAGCUCAGCAGCUGCCCUGGCCAGCAUCCCUUCAGCUGGCCCAGCACCUGCCUGGAGCCAGGGGCCCGACAGGUGGGGUCCCUGGGAGCCAAGGUGCAGGAGAAGCGCCGGGCCCACCUGCUGCCCCUCCCAGCCCUCGAGACCCCGCUGCACCCUCAGGCUGGGCGGGACUCACCUUCCCUUCCUCUGUCCACCUGUGCCCAGCACUGGCAUGCACCUACUGGGUGCCGGGCUCUGAGCGUUUGUGAGACUGUUCUAGGGACCAGGGGCCAGGCAGUGGCCAGAGAUGAUGACAGGGUGGCCAAGCUGGACCCCAGCAUCGCACAUCUCCUCGGCUCUGCCCCCUUCAUAGACUCACUUCCUGGAGGUCCCACCCCAGAAUAUUACAAUUCCCGGGAGCGAAGCUUUCCAGCUGACGGGGUGCCAACCACUCCCCCCCACCCCAAGUCGCCCGUGUCUGGCCGGCAGUUGAAGCCUGAAGAGGCAGCUGCAGAAACAGCGGAGGACCACUCUGUGACGGAAGGGUCUGUGGUUGAGAUCAUUCGGCCCCGGCCACAGGGGUCCUCACCCGUCUAUGAGUACGUGACUGAGGGCGCCAGCUUCGGACUCCCGGAAGACACGCCAAGGAGGCGGAGGUCCUUGUGGAAGCGGGAUUCGGGGGACUCGCAGACGCUUUCCAGGAUGAGCCAUCUGGAGUCCACGCAGGAGGCGACGGAGGAGACACUGAAGACCAAGGUGGAGGCUGGAGCCAGUGGCUACAUUGUCACGGGCGGCGGAGACCAGGGGAUCUUUGUCAAGCAAGUGCUGAAGGAGUCCUCAGCUGCCAACUUCAGCCUGAGAGAAGGAGAUCAGCUGCUCAGCACAACCAUAUUCUUUGACGACAUUACAUACGAAGAUGCUCUCAAAAUCCUUCAGUACUCAGAGCCUUACAAGGUUCAGUUCACAAUCAAGCGGCAACUUCCCGCCCGGGAGGACGAGGAGGGAGCUUCUGGCGGCGCUCAGCGUGGCUCGAGGGGCAGCAAGAAGCAGGACCAGGAUAUCGCCGAUGGGCGCGCGGAGACCCCCACGGAGACGCUGCAGGAGGAUGGAGACCAGGAGAGGCUCAUCUCCAAGCCCAGGGAGGGCAGAGGCAGGCAGCCCCACAGGGAGCGGCUCUCCUGGCCCAAAUUCCAAGCUCUAAAGAGCAAGCGUGGGCCAGGGCCCCGGAGGUCGCACAGCUCCUCGGAGGCCUACGAGCGAGGGGAUGUGCCUGACCUGUCCCCCACGAGCACAGACACGGAGGCCCAGCUCCCAGAAGCAGGACCAGGCAGGCAGCGGAAGAGAAGUUUCCCGAACCUGAGAUUCCGGGUGGGCUCAGGGAAGGGGCUGUCGGGCAGGGGAGCCCACAGGGGGACAGUCCAGGCUGGGGUCUUGGUGGAGACAGGGCCCUGGGAUUCCGGGCGAGAGGCCGCUAGGGUUGCCGCACACGGCGGGAGAGAGGACAGGACGGCAGGGGCGCCAGAGGACGCCGAGCCCCCCACGGAGCCCGGCCUCCCCAUUGAGGGAGCCCUGGGGGAAGGGGCCGGCCCAGCACCCAGACUCCGAAGAAAGACAAAAGAGGCCAGGGACAAGGGGGAGACUGUGCCCCAGAGAAAAGCCGGGGUGGGCCCAGCCCCUAGACAGAGCAGGGAGGGGGCUGGGGAAGGCACGCAGGCGCUGGAGAUUGGCAUUGCCAGGCUGUCUCUGCAAGCCUCAGCAGACCGAGGCAGCCACCAAAACCAGCAACCAGAAUUCCACGUCCGCAUACCCACUUUAAAGACACCCAGGUUUGGACUUCACAAAGAAAAAGUGCUCGAGAAGGAAGGAGCUGCGACAGCUCUCCAGCAGGGACCACGGCAGAGAAGGGUCUCUGCUGAGGGCAUGGAGGCCAAGGGGGAGGAUGCAGCUGAAGCAGAAGAGCACAGGACCAGGCAACCCCCAGCCCAUCUGCCAGCACAAGAGGGAGGAGAAACGGAGGAAGAUGCAGCCCAGAAGAGAGAAGACGACAGCAAGGGUGGGGGCCAGCACGUGGACGAAAAGGGGCGGGAGAUGAAAAUGCCACGGUUCAAGCUGCCCUCCUUUGGGUGGUCGCCAGCGAAGGAGGCAAAAGGAGACAAAGUGACACAACUCCAGGAAACAGAGAAGGAAAAGGAAAGCAGCAUCACAGUAGUAACAUUAGAGGCAGACAAAAAAGGCAAAGAUGGACAAGAGAGAGACAGCAAGUUCAAAAUGCCCAAGUUCAAGAUGCCGUCCUUCGCGGUGUCAGCACCCAGAAAGUCUGUCGAGGCCGCCGAGGAGGUGUCCGUGCCCAAGGCCCAGGCCGAAGUGACCCGGCCCUCGGUGCAGGCUGACGGCAAGACCAGUGACCUCAGCAUCGAGCUGCCCUCCGCCGAGUUGGAGGUCAAGGCCACUGAAGUGGGCGUGAAGCUCCCAGAGGGCGACCGUCCCAAAGCGGAGCCCAAGGAAGCGGCAGCGGGAAUCGGACUCAAGGGCCGCCUGCCCAGGGUGCAGAUGCCCAGCAUCAAGGCCCCCCGUGUGGACAUCAGGGCCGCCCAGGUGGACAUCAAGGGGCUCAAACUGGACCUGCAGGACGCCAAGGGCGAGGUGACGACGCCUGACGUGGAGGUGUCCCUGGCCAGCGUGGAGGUGGACACAGAGGACGCAGGCAGCAAGCUGGAGGGCGACGUGUCCCUGGGGGACAAGGAGGUGGCCGCCAGAGACAGCAAGUUCAAAAUGCCCAAGUUCAAGAUGCCGUCCUUCAGGGUUUCAGCGCCCAGCAAGUCUGUCGAGGCCACCGUGGAGGUAACCCCGCCCUCGGUGCAGGCUGACAACAAGACCAGUGACCUCAGCUUCGAGCUGCCUUCCACCGAGCUGGAGGUCAAGGCCACCGAAGUGGGCGUGAAGCUCCCAGAGAGCCACAUUGCCAAAGCAGAGCCCCAGGAGGUGGCAGCGGGAAUUGGAGUCAAGGGCCACCUGCCCAAGGUGCAGAUGCCCAGCAUCAAGAUGCCCAAGGUGGACAUCAAGGGGCCCAAACUGGACCUGCAGGACGCCAAGGGCGAGGUGACGACGCCUGACGUGGAGGUGUCCCUGGCCAGCGUGGAGGUGGACACAGAGGACGCAGGCAGCAAGCUGGAGGGCGACGUGUCCCUGGGGGACAAGGAGGUGGCCGCCAGAGACAGCAAGUUCAAAAUGCCCAAGUUCAAGAUGCCGUCCUUCAGGGUUUCAGCGCCCAGCAAGUCUGUCGAGGCCACCGUGGAGGUAACCCCGCCCUCGGUGCAGGCUGACAACAAGACCAGUGACCUCAGCUUCGAGCUGCCUUCCACCGAGCUGGAGGUCAAGGCCACCGAAGUGGGCGUGAGGCUCCCAGAGGGCCACAUUGCCAAAGCAGAGCCCAAGGAAGUGGCAGCGGGAAUUGGAGUCAAGGGCCACCUGCCCAAGGUGCUGAUGCCCAGCAUCAAGGUGGACAUCAAGGGCCCCAAACUGGACCUGAAGGACGCCAAAGGCGAGGUGACGGCCCCCGACAUGGAGGUGUCGCUGCGCAGCGUGGAGGUGGACACCCAGGCCGCGGGCAUCAUUCUGGCGGGCGACGUGUCCCUUGGGGACAAGGAGGUGGCCGCCAGAGACAGCAAGUUCAAAAUGCCCAAGUUCAAGAUGCCAUCCGUUGGGUUGUCAGCGCCCAGCAAGUCCGUCCAGGCCGCCGUGGAGGUGUCCGUGCCCAAGGCCCAGGCCGAAGUGACCCUGCCCUCGGUGCAGGCCGACGUCAAGACCAGUGACCUUAGCAUCGAGCUGCCCUCCGCCGAGCUGGAUGUCAAGGCUGUCGAGGUGGGUGUGAAGCUCCCGGAGGGCCACCUUCCCGAAGCGGAGCCCAAGGAAGCGGCAGCGGGAAUCGGACUCAAGGGCCACCUGCCCAAGGUGCCUGGACCCAGCAUCAAGGUGCCCGAGGUGGACAUCAAGGCCCCCCAGGUGGACAUCAAGGGGCCCAAACUGGAACUGCAGGACGCUAAGGGCGAGGUGACGAUCCCCGAUGUGGAGGUGUCUCUGCCCAGCAUGGAGGUGGACACCCAGGCUGCGGGCACCAAGCUGGAGAGUGAUGUGUCACUUGGGGACAAGGAGGUGGCUGCUAGAGACAGCAAGUUCAAAAUGCCCAAGUUCAAGAUGCCGUCCUUCGGGGUGUCGGCACCCAGAAAGUCUGUCGAGGCCGCCGAGGAGGUGUCCGUGCCCAAGGCCCAGGCCGAAGUGACCCGGCCCUCGGUGCAGGCUGACGGCAAGACCAGUGACCUCAGCAUCGAGCUGCCCUCCGCCGAGUUGGAGGUCAAGGCCACUGAAGUGGGCGUGAAGCUCCCAGAGGGCGACCGUCCCAAAGCGGAGCCCAAGGAAGCGGCAGCGGGAAUCGGACUCAAGGGCCGCCUGCCCAGGGUGCAGAUGCCCAGCAUCAAGGCCCCCCGUGUGGACAUCAGGGCCGCCCAGGUGGACAUCAAGGGGCUCAAACUGGACCUGCAGGGCGCCAAGGGCGAGGUGACGACGCCUGACGUGGAGGUGUCCCUGGCCAGCGUGGAGGUGGACACAGAGGACGCAGGCAGCAAGCUGGAGGACGACGUGUCCCUGGGGGACAAGGAGGUGGCCGCCAGAGACAGCAAGUUCAAAAUGCCCAAGUUCAAGAUGCCGUCCUUCAGGGUUUCAGCGCCCAGCAAGUCUGUCGAGGCCACCGUGGAGGUAACCCCGCCCUCGGUGCAGGCUGACAACAAGACCAGUGACCUCAGCUUCGAGCUGCCUUCCACCGAGCUGGAGGUCAAGGCCACCGAAGUGGGCGUGAAGCUCCCAGAGAGCCACAUUGCCAAAGCAGAGCCCCAGGAGGUGGCAGCGGGAAUUGGAGUCAAGGGCCACCUGCCCAAGGUGCAGAUGCCCAGCAUCAAGAUGCCCAAGGUGGACAUCAAGGGGCCCAAACUGGACCUGCAGGACGCCAAGGGCGAGGUGACGACGCCUGACGUGGAGGUGUCCCUGGCCAGCGUGGAGGUGGACACAGAGGACGCAGGCAGCAAGCUGGAGGGCGACGUGUCCCUGGGGGACAAGGAGGUGGCCGCCAGAGACAGCAAGUUCAAAAUGCCCAAGUUCAAGAUGCCAUCCGUUGGGUUGUCAGCGCCCAGCAAGUCCGUCCAGGCCGCCGUGGAGGUGUCCGUGCCCAAGGCCCAGGCCGAAGUGACCCUGCCCUCGGUGCAGGCCGACGUCAAGACCAGUGACCUUAGCAUCGAGCUGCCCUCCGCCGAGCUGGAUGUCAAGGCUGUCGAGGUGGGUGUGAAGCUCCCGGAGGGCCACCUUCCCGAAGCGGAGCCCAAGGAAGCGGCAGCGGGAAUCGGACUCAAGGGCCACCUGCCCAAGGUGCCUGGACCCAGCAUCAAGGUGCCCGAGGUGGACAUCAAGGCCCCCCAGGUGGACAUCAAGGGGCCCAAACUGGACCUGAAGGACGCCAAGGUCAAGGUGACGGCCUCCGACGUGGAGAUGUCGCUGCCCAGCGUGGAGGUGGACACCCAGGCCGCGGCCAUCAUUCUGGCGGGGGAUGUGUCCCUUGGGGACAAGGAGGUGGCCGCCAGAGACAGCAAGUUCAAAAUGCCCAAGUUCAAGAUGCCAUCCGUUGGGGUGUCAGCGCCCAGCAAGUCUGUCAAGGCCACCGUGGAGGUGUCCUUGCCCAAGGCCCAGGCCAAGGUGACCCAGCCCUCGGUGCAGGCCGAUGGCAAGACCAGUGAACUCAGCAUCGAGCUGCCCUCCGCCGAGCUGGAGGUCAAGGCCACCGAAGUGGGCGUGAGGCUCCCAGAGGGCCACAUUGCCAAAGCAGAGCCCAAGGAAGUGGCAGUGGGAACUGGAGUCAAGGGCCACCUGCCCAAGGUGCUGAUGCCCAGCAUCAAGGUGCCCAAGGUGGACAUCAAGGGCCCCAAACUGGACCUGAAGGACGCCAAAGGCGAGGUGACGGCCCCCGACAUGGAGGUGUCGCUGCGCAGCGUGGAGGUGGACACCCAGGCCGCGGGCAUCAUUCUGGCGGGCGACGUGUCCCUUGGGGACAAGGAGGUGGCCGCCAGAGACAGCAAGUUCAAAAUGCCCAAGUUCAAGAUGCCAUCCGUUGGGUUGUCAGCGCCCAGCAAGUCCGUCCAGGCCGCCGUGGAGGUGUCCGUGCCCAAGGCCCAGGCCGAAGUGACCCUGCCCUCGGUGCAGGCCGACGUCAAGACCAGUGACCUUAGCAUCGAGCUGCCCUCCGCCGAGCUGGAUGUCAAGGCUGUCGAGGUGGGUGUGAAGCUCCCGGAGGGCCACCUUCCCGAAGCGGAGCCCAAGGAAGCGGCAGCGGGAAUCGGACUCAAGGGCCACCUGCCCAAGGUGCCUGGACCCAGCAUCAAGGUGCCCGAGGUGGACAUCAAGGCCCCCCAGGUGGACAUCAAGGGGCCCAAACUGGAACUGCAGGACGCUAAGGGCGAGGUGACGAUCCCCGAUGUGGAGGUGUCUCUGCCCAGCAUGGAGGUGGACACCCAGGCUGCGGGCACCAAGCUGGAGAGUGAUGUGUCACUUGGGGACAAGGAGGUGGCUGCUAGAGACAGCAAGUUCAAAAUGCCCAAGUUCAAGAUGCCGUCCUUCGGGGUGUCGGCACCCAGAAAGUCUGUCGAGGCCGCCGAGGAGGUGUCCGUGCCCAAGGCCCAGGCCGAAGUGACCCGGCCCUCGGUGCAGGCUGACGGCAAGACCAGUGACCUCAGCAUCGAGCUGCCCUCCGCCGAGUUGGAGGUCAAGGCCACUGAAGUGGGCGUGAAGCUCCCAGAGGGCGACCGUCCCAAAGCGGAGCCCAAGGAAGCGGCAGCGGGAAUCGGACUCAAGGGCCGCCUGCCCAGGGUGCAGAUGCCCAGCAUCAAGGCCCCCCGUGUGGACAUCAGGGCCGCCCAGGUGGACAUCAAGGGGCUCAAACUGGACCUGCAGGACGCCAAGGGCGAGGUGACGACGCCUGACGUGGAGGUGUCCCUGGCCAGCGUGGAGGUGGACACAGAGGACGCAGGCAGCAAGCUGGAGGGCGACGUGUCCCUGGGGGACAAGGAGGUGGCCGCCAGAGACAGCAAGUUCAAAAUGCCCAAGUUCAAGAUGCCGUCCUUCAGGGUUUCAGCGCCCAGCAAGUCUGUCGAGGCCACCGUGGAGGUAACCCCGCCCUCGGUGCAGGCUGACAACAAGACCAGUGACCUCAGCUUCGAGCUGCCUUCCACCGAGCUGGAGGUCAAGGCCACCGAAGUGGGCGUGAAGCUCCCAGAGAGCCACAUUGCCAAAGCAGAGCCCCAGGAGGUGGCAGCGGGAAUUGGAGUCAAGGGCCACCUGCCCAAGGUGCAGAUGCCCAGCAUCAAGAUGCCCAAGGUGGACAUCAAGGGGCCCAAACUGGACCUGCAGGACGCCAAGGGCGAGGUGACGACGCCUGACGUGGAGGUGUCCCUGGCCAGCGUGGAGGUGGACACAGAGGACGCAGGCAGCAAGCUGGAGGGCGACGUGUCCCUGGGGGACAAGGAGGUGGCCGCCAGAGACAGCAAGUUCAAAAUGCCCAAGUUCAAGAUGCCGUCCUUCAGGGUUUCAGCGCCCAGCAAGUCUGUCGAGGCCACCGUGGAGGUAACCCCGCCCUCGGUGCAGGCUGACAACAAGACCAGUGACCUCAGCUUCGAGCUGCCUUCCACCGAGCUGGAGGUCAAGGCCACCGAAGUGGGCGUGAAGCUCCCAGAGAGCCACAUUGCCAAAGCAGAGCCCCAGGAGGUGGCAGCGGGAAUUGGAGUCAAGGGCCACCUGCCCAAGGUGCAGAUGCCCAGCAUCAAGAUGCCCAAGGUGGACAUCAAGGGGCCCAAACUGGACCUGAAGGACGCCAAGCGUGUGGUACUCACAAAAUACCAGGUGACUCUCCCUGGAGCUGCCGUCUCCCCAGAGCUCCCUCUGGAAGCGGCCCCUUGUUCCCAGAACGAUGCCUAUCUUCCCAGCUCAGAAAGUUCUGCCAGUCUUCCAGCCCAGGAGAGAGUUGCAGCAUCCCAGACUGACAGUCCCGCAGGCCCUUUGGACCCCAUGUUUCUUGCAUCAUAUGGUCGGGUGAGUUUUCCUAAGUUUCAUCCACCAAAGUUCGGGUUUUCUGUCCCAGAAGCAGCCGAUGCAGAGGUGGAGGCCGGUGCCGGGGAUUGUGCCCCCUUUCUAUCCACUACUGGCCCUGCCCGGGGCCUGGACUCCGCAGCUAUGCCGCGCAGUGCGUGGCCGUCGGCAGUGGCUGCAGGUGAGACCCCAGCUAAAGAUUCUGAACGUGGAGGGAAAGAUAGUCCCUUAAAAAUGCCGUGGAUCAAGCUUCCGUCAUUCAGGUGGUCCCCAAAGAAGGGGGCGGUGCCCCCAGAGGACCCUGAACGCAGCCUGGACGACGCAGAGCUCAGCGUGGCUGUGGACACGGGUCACAAGGGUGCGCCCCCUGCGCGUCCUGCGUCUGCAGUGGAGGUGGCUGUGGCCGCGCUUCCGGAGAAGGCCGGAGAGGCGAGCGGCAUGAAGGCACCUGGCUGCGCUGUGCUGGAACACGCACCUGUCACAGAGCCACACCUGUCUCCUGCAGGGGCACCUGCUGCAGUCCUUUCCCCUUCCGAGGCCAGGGUCCAUCCAGGCGCAGGCUCCCUCCCUCUUCAGAUGCCCAGCGGCAGGCUUCCAGGAACCCAGGCCCCUCCUGCUGGGCCUGCAGGACUGGUCCUUGCUGUGGGGCAGGGGCGGGCAGAGGAAUGGUCCUCCCAGCCUGAAGGCCCCAUUAAACUGAAGGCGUCCAGGACCGACGGGCCGUCCCAGGUUUCUGUCGUUAACAUGGGUCAGCCCUGGGAAGGCUCCGUGGUAACUGUCAGACUGCCCAGGUUGAGCAUGCCAAGGUUCGCCUUUCCUGACCCCAGCUCCGAGGCCGACGUCUUUAUCCCCGCCGUGACAGAAGUGCGGUGCCCAGGGAGCAGCCUUGCCCACGCCCUGCACGAGGAGAGCCCGGGAGUCUGGGGUGCCAGCAUCCUGAAGGCAGGUGCUGGGACCCCCGGGGAGCAGCCCGUGGCCCUUGACGUCUCCCCGGAAGCUUCCCCCAUUUCCAAGGUCAGAGUGCACAUUCAGCGUGCGCAGGGAGAAAGCCCCGAGGUCGCCGUCCACAGCAGGGCAACGGCAGAGUUGGCUGACCUCUCGGGACCCGAGGCUAUUUCCACCCGGGUCGUGCGGCAACUGGAGAUCCCCGCGUCUGAGAUCCAAACGGCUUCUUAUGGAUUCUCGUUGCUAAAGGUGAAGAUGCCGGAGCCCCGCACGCGGGUGAGUGUCCGAGACUCCCGGCUGAGGGAGGGCCUGCAGGAAGCUUCCAAACAAGCCGCCCUGGGAGCAGAGCCUGCCUCUGGAGGUCUGCAGCCGGACACCGGAGAACCGUUUGAAGUGAUCUCGCCCAGUGUCAAUGUGCCUGGACGGCCAAUGUUCACGCCCAAAGUGCACUCUGGCCACCGGGGUGCCGACAGCUGCUCCGACAAGGACGAGGCUGCGGAAGUUCUCGCAUUUCCCCCUAAAGAAGACAGUGGGGAGGCGGCUGCCCCUCUGGCAGAGGAAGACACGGCUCCGAGAGAGAAGCCAGAAGGUAAAAGAUCUGGUCUGUUCAGGUUUUGGCUUCUGAACAUUGGGUUUUCUUCCUCUGCCGAAGAGCCACGCGCUGAUUCCAAAGGUGAAGCCCGCGCGGCGGCUGCCCAGACACAGCCUGGGGCGCGGCCCGAGGCCGAGCUCCCUAAGAAGCCCCAGAAGACGGGCUGGUCUCGGUUUCCCUCAUUAGGGCUCGCCUCCUCCCCCACCAAGAAAGGCGAAAGCUCUGAAGACGAGGCAGCUCUGGCAGAGCAAAACCCCCAAGAACAAGCGGUCGUGUUCUUUGAUGCCCCAGAAAGCUUCUCCCCAGAGGGUGAGGGGGACGGGGGGCCGGCGGAGACUGCGGGCGCCAGAGCGAUGGCCACGUCCACGGCAAGGACGGGGCUGGUCCUGCUGGAGCAGGACCCAGAGGGCGGGAUGCACCUGCGCCCGGGCCCACCACCAAACCCUCCUCUGAGCCAGCGGCUGCGAGAGACCAAGAGGAAGGAGGCGAGGGCCCAGGAGUCCACAGUGUGGCUGGGGCGGCAGCGCAAGGCCCUGGCGCACAGAGCCCUCCUGGACCACGGCUCAUCAGCCUAA